UCCCAACCCCCCAGCAACCGGCCAAAGCCUCCCAGCUGCCGCCACCCAUCUCCGGCUGAAAAAUCGGUAAAAGCUUGGGGAUUUCUCCUUCUUUUCUUGUUCUAGAACACAUAUAGAACUCAGAAAUCUUCCCCCUGCAGAGAAAUUUCCAGAUCUGCUCUGCUCUUCCUCCCCUGUCCGUUGGUUUCUGCUAUGUGGGUGCGAAAUUUCUGAGCUUUUCAAGCCCCAAAAUUUUCUGCACUUCCCGCCGGCAAUUCCCCCAAUCUGCAGCUUCAAUUUGCUUGUUGGAAAUUCUGGUGCUGUUAUGGCUUAGAGCACUUGGAUUGAGUCCUCGGUUUAUGCGAUUUGAGAUCUGCAGUUUCUCUUCCUCCCCCGUCCGCCGGCUGCUAGUGGGUGUGCGAAUUUCUGGGCAUUUUUCGUGGAUUUCUUGAUAUUUCUCCCCAAAUUCCCGCCGGCUUCUCCCCCCUCCAGGUUCGGCUCUGCAGCUGCUAAAUUCUGGUGCUAUUAUGGCUUAGAACACUGGAUUGAGUCUUCGGUUCGGUGCGAUGUGAGGUAAGUAAAUUAUGUAUCUGUAAAGUAUGAUUUUCUGUUAAAUUUUGCUUGUUUUGUCUCCAAUAUGGUCAUGUUAUUCGUGUGCCCGCUAGUGGGAGGUUUAUAAACGCUAGCACAUGUUGACAUGUUAUUGAUAGAACCGGUUCGUUUCUGUUAUCCUACUAGUGGGAUUAUACACUAGUAAAUCGUGUGCCUGUCAGUAGAAGGUUUAUAACACUGGCCAUGACCUAUAGAGGAGACGUCUAUUUCGUUCCCAUACUGUAUUUGUUUUUCGUGAUUAUACUUGUUGGCAUGCUAUAAGUUUAAUUAAGGGCUAUCCAUAUUUACUUACUGAGUUAUCUCAUAGUUUUUCCUUGUCUACCAUUUCAGGAAGCGAAGUCAAGGAUAAGGAAAAAUGAGGGGAGUGACGAGUUAAAAGGCUAACCAUCUUGUAAAUUGAGUAUAGAUUUAGAUAUAAAUUAUGAUCUUGUAAGCUGAACUUUAUUUAGAAAUUUAUGAUAUCAGGGCAAAUUUUAAAACUUUAUCUUCAGAUUUUGGUGGCAUCAGAUUGUGGCAUGAUAAGUUCUGAGCCUUAUGCAUUUGUGGGAUCCUCUCACAAGUGUGUGCCAUCUGCCACGUCCUCGGAUUUGGAUUCUGGGGCGUGACAAACAUUUUCUCAUUUAUUAAGUAAAAAAAAAAAAACUUCUUUUUCUAUUUAAAUAACUCUAAAUUUAUAGUUUUCUUUAAUAUGCUUGUAUUUUCUUUCUUAAUAUUUUUUGUAAUAAUUUUUAUUUUUGCAUCAAAGUACCUUUUUCCCUUUCAUGGUUAAAUUUAUAAUCAUGGUUUUUUUUUUUUUUUGUGUGUUCGAUCAAUCUCAGUUAAAUUUCAUUUUCUUAAAAAAUAUUCUAGUUUUUU